CUUCAAUGCCACCAUUAUUACUUUUGAGAAAAUGAAACGUGUACAGCAACAUCUUAAGAAGGGUAACUUAGAUCCCAAGAAACUCCUGGCUUUAGAGAAGGAGAAAAAGAAAUUAGAAAUGGACAUGGUUAACAAUGUCAAGGUCAUGCAAAAUGUAAGUGUCCAGUCUAUGCCUGGCAGCGGAGAUACAGACCCAGUACCAUGGAAAAAUGCUGCUGACCAAAUUGUUGCCAUGUUAAAUCAAGUACGCUUGGAAGGAAAUGAAGAGUUGAUUAAUCUUAGUGCACAUUUGAAAGAUUUGAUGAAAAAUUUAGAAAAGCAGCAAAAACAGGUUAAAAGUCUGCAAGCCGAUAUAAAAAGGGAGAAAAAGGUAAGUACAUGUACAAAUGUUGAUAAAACAGAAAACAUAGAAAAAGGGACGUCAUAAUCCAUACACACUUUAACAAAAGAGAAAAGUAAAUUCAUUGUAAAGGCA